CGUCUUUCGUCUACCCUCCCCUCCCUUCUCUCUUCUUUCCUUUAUAUUCUCCCUCCAAAACUUUUAUUUUUAUUGUUUGGUUCUGCGCUAGGGUUAGGGCGAUGGGGAGGCACCGGAGCAGGAGCAGAAGCUACAGUCCACGUCGCCGUAGCAGGACUCCAACACGUGGCAGGAAGAGGUACGACGAUGACCCUCGCGAUCGCCACCGCUCUCACCGUGACCACCGCCGAUCUCAUCUUCCUUCUGGCUUGCUCAUUCGCAAUCUCCCCCUCGACGCUAGGCCUGAAGAUCUUAGGGUUCCGUUUGAGCGGUAUGGCCCAGUGAAGGAUGUUUAUCUCCCAAAAAAUUAUUACACCGGGGAGCCACGGGGCUUUGGUUUUGUGAAGUUUCAAUAUGGUGAAGAUGCAGCUGAAGCAAAAGAUCGAAUGAACUAUCAAGUGAUUGGUGGACGUGAGAUAAGAAUUGUUUUUGCUGAGGAGAAUAGAAAAAGUCCUCAAGAAAUGCGUCUGAGUUCCCGCUCAAGUGGUCGACAUGGAGGAAGCAGGAGAACACCACCCAGGUCCCCAAGACGCCGAUAUCGCUCUUACUCUCGUUCGCUUUCACCUGCUAGGCAUGAUUCAAGGGACCAGUUAGUGAGCCGCUCCCCCAGGCGAUCUAGAUCAAUUUCACAGGAUCGUGGCAUGAGAAAUGACUAUCGCUCUCCCAGGCAAUCUAGAUCUGUCUCACUGUCUCCUUCUCCACGUGGUGAAAGGGAAUACAGAACCAAGCAGAGGUCCCUAAGUCCUAGGGAGAAUGGCCGGAGUCCCCAUGAUGAGAGAGACUAUGCUCGUGGCAGGUCAAGGAGUCCAAAGCGUGACAUUCUCAGUCCUUCAAGAUCUCAUUCACGAUCCUUCAGUCCACGCUAGCAGCUUUUCAAUUGAUGCGGCCUUCUUCUGGUGCUGUACACAUGAUUGCUGCUGGAAACUGUAAUGUGUGUUAGUCUGGUGCUUUUUUUUUUAUUUUGAGGUAAAAGUAAUACUAUGAGUUAGUGUGGGUAGUUAAAGGACGUGUUCAAACUUUAGCAGUUUUUAACAGUAGAUAUAAUAUUACUGCA